AUGACCACCCUCCAAGUCCUCCCCCCCUCCGCCGGCUACGGCAUAGUAAUCGGCAUAGGCACACUCUUCGCCCUCUUCAUGCUUAGCCUAACAUGGCUCCAAAACCGCUACACCACAUUCUCAACACACCGCGCCGAAGAAUUCAACACAGCCUCCCGCUCCGUAAAACCAGGCCUCAUCAGCGCCGGCAUAGUCUCAUCCUGGACCUGGUCGGCUACACUCCUCACAAGCUCGACUUUCGCCUACGAGUACGGCGUCUGCGGACCCAUGUGGUAUGCUGCGACGGGGACUCUGCAAAUCCUUCUCUUUGGCUUGAUCGCAAUCAAAAUUAAGACGAAGGCGCCGGGGGCGCAUACGAUGCCUGAGAUUGUUCUCGCGAGACAUGGGAAGUGGGCUCAUCUUACGUAUUUGUACUAUGGGCUUGCGACGAAUAUGCUAGUCGGCGCUUGCUUGGUGCUUGGUGGUGCGCAGGUUGUGGGUGCGUUGACGGGGAUGAAUGUGUAUGCGGCUAGUUUUUUGAUUCCGGCUGUUGUGGCUGUUUAUGUUAUUGCUGGUGGGUUGCGGGCGACGUUUAUUGCGGAUUAUACGCAUACUGUUAUUCUUUUUGUUGCGAUUUUGGUCUUUGGGUUUCUGGUUAUGGCCACGAGUGAUUCGGUCGGGAGUCCUGGAAAGCUUUAUGAGAUGUUGAUUGAGGCUUCGGAGAAGAUGCCCAUUGAUCGGAAUAGUGAGGGUUCGUAUCUCACGUUCCGGUCCGUAGGGGGUCUCAUCUUCGCGUGUGAUUUGUUUGUUGCGGGUUUCACUACUGUGUGGUUGGAUCAGGCGUAUUGGCAACGGGCUAUUGCUUCCAAGCCGGAGAGUUCGGUGAAGGCCUAUAUUCUUGGUGGCAUUGCUUGGUAUGGAAUCCCAUUCGGCUUCGCGACUAUCAUGGGAUUGGGCUGCGCUGCGCUGACCGGACACCCGCGGUUCCCAACAUACCCCAAUGCACUCACAAACGAGCAAGUGGGAGCCGGGCUAUCUGCGCCAGCUACAGCAAUUGCCCUUCUGGGCAAGGGCGGCGCAGUGCUCAUUCUGAUCCUGCUUUUCAUGGCGGUUACGAGCUCUACCUCGGCUGAGCUGAUUGCUGUCUCUUCGCUGCUCACCUUCGAUGUGUACAAAACCUACUACCGCCCGGGUACAGACUCUCAGACUCUGGUUAAAGUCAGCCAUUGGGGCAUCGCGCUCUACGCCAUCGUAUUGGCCGUUUUCUGCUGUAUCCUCAAUCGAGUCGGAAUCAGCUUGACGUGGGUUUUGACCGUGUUAGGCGUGAUUGUGGGCGGGGCCGCCCUCCCCGUCGGCAUGAUCUUACUCUGGGAGCCGAUGUCGACGGUCGCGGCGAUUUGCGCACCCUGGAUUGGAUUCCUGUGCGGUGUGACGGUGUGGUUCGUCACGGCGUACAAGCGAUCGGGAAGCAUUGAUGUGGCUAGCACGGGGGACACGACCAACGCCCUGGCCGGGAACUUGGCAUCGUUUGGUGUCGGGUUCGUGAUGGCCGCUGUGUUGAGUUAUGCAUUCCCUGGGAAAAUCCAGCCCACUGCGACUGCGGUGGUUGCAGACUCGCCACCGGACUUGAUGCAUCAGGUUGUUAAGGCUGGUGAAAAGGUCACGGUACCCCUGGCUGGUGAGAGUGCGCCAAGGAAUGAAUUGAUUGAUUAUCUCGAGUCCACUGAGGUCGAGCCGAUGGACCCGGUCCUCGCCAAGAAGGGGGAGCGCAUCGCCUGGGUUGCGAAUGGGAUGUUCUUCUUUGGGGCGGUAGUCCUGGUUCCGUUCACCUUGUUUGGCAGUGGGUAUAUUUAUAGUCGGGCCUUCUUCACUGGAUGGGUGGUAGUGGCCUUUAUCUGGAUUUGGGUCAGUGUCUUGAUUUGUGUGGUGUGGCCAGUGAUGGAGAGUCUGGGGGCGUUGCGGGGCAUUACUGCCGGGUUGUGGGCAGAUUUGCGGUUUGCAGGAAGUGAGACAGUCUGA